CAACCGCCUCAUUGGAAUGAGUUCACGAGCUGCAUUUCUGAUUUGAGUCAUUCCCUCGCACCACCAUGAUUGCCCAGCAGGAUGAUGAGGAGACACCUCUUCUGCAACAACCAGAGCAACCAAAGGCCAAGACACCUCUACCCUGGGAUCAAUUUUGGAUUCCCUGUUUAUUCCUCAAAGACAUUGGAGUCACUCAUGGAGAUGAAACUCAGGUUGGACACUACGUCAGCAUUCUUGUAAGCAUGUCUUCAUCGUUUUUGCCCUUUUCCUUCAAAUCAUCGUACUUUGCAGCUCAUACCCUGACCAUUUUUCAUUGGAGUCAACUGUCCGACCACAUCGGGCGGAGGCCCGUAAUCCUGACAGCUCUAUUAGCACUUGUUAUUUCAAUGUUUGCAUUUGGGCUGUCAAAGAGCUUCCUUGCUCUGCUGGUAAGGUCAGUGUUCAGUUAA